CCACAACAUGUCCGAAUCAGACCUCACCUCCCAGCCGCCGGACAUUGGCGACGCCCACCUCGUGGUCAGCUUCCCCGCGCCGCACAUCCUGCACGUGGCGUUUGACCGCCCGGCGAAAUGGAACGCGCUGCUGUCCAAGGACAACUGGGCGCUCGACGCCAUUUGGGGGUGGUACGAGAGCGAGCCGAGCCUGCGCUGUGCGAUACUGGGCACGACGAGUCGGCGUGCUUUCUGCGCGGGCGGGGACUUGAUCGAGCUGGGCCAGAAGGACCGCAAGCCGUGGCCUGAUAGCGGGCUUGCAGGCCUCGCGAAGCGCGCCCUCAGAAAACCCAUCAUCGCGGCCGUCAACGGCGUCGUCAUCGGCGGCGCGGUCGAGAUGCUCACCAACCUCGACGUCGUGGUGGCCGGCGAGAGCGCCGUGCUCUCCCUCCCCGAGGCCAAGCGCGGCGUGCAUGCCGGCGGUGGCGGGCUGCCGCGACUAGUCUACCUGAUCGGCAGGCAGAAGGCCGCCGAGCUCCUCAUGACCGGCCGCGACGUCCCCGCGCCCGAGGCCGAGCGUAUCGGCCUCGUGAACGCUGUCGUGCCCGACGACCUUGUCGAGGCGCGCGCGCUCGAGAUCGCGCAGCAGACGGCCGCCAACAGCCCCGACGCGGUCAUCCUCUCGCUGUAUGGCCUGCGCCUCGCCGAGCGGCAUGCAGGAUACCAGGGCAUGAUGGACGAGUACUUUUCCUCGCGCGAGCUCCAGGUUCUCCUCAAGGGCGAGAACACGCGCGAAGGGCUGCGCGCAUUCAUUGAGAAGCGCCCGCCGCGCUGGGUCAACUCCAAGUUGUAGGCCACGAGUGUGCCCAAUGUUGUCUGUGGCGGGAUUGUACCCCAAGCUGUUGGAUCUUGAUUUAGAACUCGACUGGAGCAGGCACUCGGAACUGGUACUACUACACGAUGCAUUCUAAC